ACCAUGUCCACGACCACGACCGCCAGCACAACCGCCAGCACGACGGUGAUCCAGGUGCUCGAUGUCAUCGAGCAGAUCGUGAUCGAUCCAACAGGCCUGGUUGGCAGUGUCGUCGAUGUCGACACCGCCAGCGAGUUGACCACCAUCGCCGUCGCCAACAACGGCGCCUACCCGCCCUUCAGUGGCACGGUGACCAUCACGCAGGGUCCGUCGACCAUCGCCUUCCAUUACCCGAGCAGCGUCGUGGACGAUGGCUGGACGGAGUAUUAUUCCAUCUACCAAACCUGCGAGAUCACCUCGUCUGCCCUCAGCGCCAUCUGUCUGUUGUCCGAAUGGCGCUUCUCCCACGCAGGCACCUACACGGCCACCUCGCCCGUUUCGCCGGCCACAACCGUCCCCUAUACCACUGCGACUAUCUUCUCCCUCAGCGCCAAUGAUUUCGCCUACGACAUUGUAACCAUCACUGCUGGUGCCAGUAGACUCUCUGUCGCCGAAACCGCCACAGCCACAGCCACAGCCAGCACAUCGUCUUCUUCUUCAUCCUCAUCUUCUUCUUCUUCAUCAUCUAAAGCAUGGAUUGCUGGUCCGGUUAUCGGCUGCGUGUGUGGUGUCGCCCUGGUUGCCCUCGGAGCAUGGUGGUAUCUUCGUCGGCGGAACAAGAAAGCCGUAGCUGCAGCAGGAAACACAGAGGGAGAGGAACAUGGACAUGGACAGACACAGAUGGAACAUGCUCCGCCGUAUACGGCUGCAUAUCAUGGAUCCAAGACGGGGGAGAAGUAUGGAUUGCCGCAGGGAGAGGUACCUCCAGCCGAGUUGCCUCAUACUCAACCGGCGCAGGAGUUGCCAUGAUCAGAUUACGAGAUAGGAUUGUGAUUAUACUUAUAGAUGAUUUACUUCAUACCCUUUAUAUUUAGUAGUUAGGAUUACUAUAAUGCAUUCAG